CUAUAGUUGGAGAAAAAACAAAAGAGAGCAUUUCCCAACAUAAAACCGCGUAGUAAAACGCCUGUACGAUAGAGGGCGCUAAAGUGCAUGCACUUCACUGAUACGAAGAAGAAAGCUUGCCUUGGCGUCACUCUUGAAGUGCACAAUAACCAAACCUUUUUGAAACUGAUUUAAGGAUACCCAAACAUCUUUUCCACGGCGAUAAAAAUCUUCGCAGAGGCGUCAGCAAUGGUCCAGGAGAGUGUCCAGAUCAGGAAGCAGGGUGCCCAUGACUUCAAGGAAUACUACACUUUUGUCUGCGCCCGACAGGAAUCUGUCCCCCUCACUGCAGUCAAAAUGCACCUGGACAAAGGCAUACUGGAGUUUAAUGGAGACAGGGUCAAACUAGCAGAUUGGGCACCUAUCCUUGAUGCCAUCUCCAUCAAUAAGCACCUUCACCACAUUGCAAUAAGUAGCACGUACCAGACAAGUCAUGGCUGUGGGGAUGUAGACAGAAGGUACUACAAGCCAGUGUUCAGGAAGAAGAUCCCAUCGAUUCGCUCUAGGGACAUGACAUUCAGGUUGUCUAAGGCUUUGAAAGAGUGUCUGUCCGUCUCCCACUGUCUGAAGACUUUAACACUUAAUGGACUUCCAUUGAGGGAGAGAGACCUUAUCAACUUGACAAAGGGCUUGGCAAAAAGUUCUUCCCUGGAAGCCAUUUCUCUGGCAAACUGUCCAAUCGCUGAUGAGGGCUUGGAGGUCAUUUGCCAAAGUGUGAAAUACUGUACAAGAAUCAGAGAAAUUGAUUUUACAGCAUGCAAUAUCACAUGGAGAGGAGCUGAGCAUUUGGCCAACAUCAUCCAGCAUCAGGGAAUGCAGAGACAUGGCUCAGCUUGGGAGCAGUCCUUGAGGUAUCAGAAGCCAAAAUUUGAGGGGAUGGGAGGUCUCCGUCGUCUCACCCUGAACUGUAACACGCUAAUUGGGGACCAGGGUGCUGCUCGUCUUGCACGUGAACUGGCUGAAGACCUCUGGCUCAAAGCUGUGGACCUGCAGAAAUGCGGCAUUUCCAAUCGAGGAGCUUGCCAUCUGCUGGAAGCCUUGAAAACAAAUGCUGCUCUUUGUGUACUGGACAUCCGUAAUAACCCCUUAGUUGACAACGCCCUAAUUAAAACUGUAAUAGAGAAAGUACUAAUGAAAGCUGACGCACAGGCACGACAGUACUGCUGGAUCACGCCUGUCACCAAAGAGCCGCUGAAAGCUUCUGCUUCUAAGAGACGAGUGCUGUCCCGAACAUCCACGGAGAGAACAGCUCCUCAGAAAAGGACCUUUUUUGGAGAUAUGGGCUCAAUCAUUGCUCAGCAUCAAAAGUCUACCUCAAGCGGCAGACAUGUACCUCAUCAUUCCGCUGCACGUGCUGGACGCCAGAGAGGUUUUCCUCCUGGAGAUACUGUCAUCGAGAAUCAGCAGCAUCGAGGCCAAACUGGGUCCACCGUGAGGGUUACGUUUGAGUCUAAUUCAGAGGAGGAGGAGGAGGAUGACUAUGAGGAAGAGGUGCAGGGGGACCAGAGGCCAUCUCAUCGUAACCUCCAGGGUGGAACCCUUGCACGGCAACUGGAACGUAUGCAGAUGGCGCUACAGGAAUGUCGCUUGAGGUUGGGAGAGGAGCGCAGGGCCAGACUCAAAGCUGAAUCUUGUCUCAGGGAGUUUGAGCUGGAGAACGCUCGUCUUCGCGACAACAACCGCUCCCUGACAGAGGCGCUCUCAGCCACGGGCUCAGAUCGCAGCACUCUUGAAAACGAAGACGUACUUGAGAGCAUCGAGCGUUCCUUCACCAAGUUCCACGCUUUCCUGGAUCUCGUUAAGGAUGCCGGCUUUGGUCAGCUAGCGGCAAUGGCUGAUAUUGACACAUCAGAUUUCCCGCCGUUGGGGAGGCCACAGCUCUCAUCCACGCUGGGACCCGUGACUCACCCAGAUAGAGCAGUAUCCAGUGGGCAUCGUUCUGUUUUGACCACCAAGGCAGACAUCACCACUCCUAAAUCUGCAUCCUCAGUCAGAGAGUCCGUGCAUCGAGAUGGGCCGCUUGACGUGCCUUUCCAACGGACUGCUGGAGCGCAGGUGCAGUUUACUGCCGUGGGAGAACAGGAGCCAGAUCGGUUCACUAAACCCGAAACCAGCCUCGACUCUGGUUCCGAACGCAGCUUUGCUAGCCAGAAAACUCCAGGAAGUCGCCUGAACAGCAGCCACAGCGGUUCCCAUCGUAGUAACGCGUCCCAUAGCAGCGCCUCCCAUGGCCGAUGGAGUGCAGGCGACAUCAUGAGAGACAUUGUAAGCAACAAGGCACAGUCGGCAGGUUCACGUAGGAUGGUGGUCAUACCACGGUCUGAGUCAGAGGGUUUGGAGGGGAAGGCAAGUGCUGGUAGGGACAUUCUGGAGGAGAUCAGGUCUCUGGCAGCGCUGCAAGGGUGCUCGGACGGGGAAUAUUUAUGAGACAGAAGACCCUUUUGUAGCUCUUCUUCAUUCCUUGAGAAUCAUGGUUGUCCGAGCUAAAUGUUUUGAUCACAUUAUCGAAGAACUCAAAUCUAUUUUUGUAAUUUUUGCUUACCAAGACACUUGUUUGGAAAAGACUGUUUUCGCUACCUUAGCCUGUAAUGGACAGGUGUCCCAACACUUUUGAGCGGAUAGUGUAGCGCUAUUUGUCGGAAGGAUUUCAAAGCAAUUACUGUUUUUUUUUUUUGUUGUUGUUUUUUUUUAAUAAUUUUCUAAUGCAACAUGUAUUGCCUUAAAUGUAUGUAUGGCCUUUGCUCAUGGGCGCCCCCUAUAGUGGUGAAGUAUGAUGGGCAUGCCCAUAAAACCUUGGUCGCAAGCUGAAGAACAUUUAGUAUAUACUAGGGAUGCUCCGAUCAGGUUUUUAUUCUGCCACUACCGUUACCGAUCACCCAUGGGUGAAAUCGUCCGAUACCGCUACCGAUGACGUUUAAGUGUAAAUUUUUAAAGAAAACACAAAGUGAAUAUGUUUGUUUUACCAGAACAUUAACAAAAUGCUGGUAUGCACAACUCACAUUUUGUAUUUCAGAAUGCAUUUCUUUUCUUUCUAGUGUUCUCACAUUAUUAACUGAAAACCUGAAUGGGAAGCAGGCUUGCAGGCGCCUCAUGUCGUCGUGGGAGGGCUCCUUGGUGCCCGCGGGCACCAUAUAGGUGACUCCUGGGGUAUAUUAUAAGAAAGUGGAAUCAUGAAUUUAGACAAAAACAUAUUUCGCUUACUUUCUCAAAAUCAUUGGUGAAACUUAGAGGGUCAGACGCCUUCUUUAAGGAGACUUUGGAUGCAAGAGCAGCUUGAUGACCCCCUUGCGCAGGUUCACGGCCGAGACCAGAGAUCUUGGGCUCCAAAAGGUUGGUGACCACGGACUUGCAUCACUCUCACGACGACAGGAAGUCCCACACGGCAGACAUGCUUGUUUUGUAAAGGGAAAGUGGGCGGGGAGGGGUCGCUAUAGGCUGGCUGCUGCAAUCAGGGCGGAUCUGAUCGGCGUUUACAAGCGGGAUUUGCCGAUACUGAUCGGUGGCCAAUCGAUGGGAACACCCCUAGUAUAUACUGUAUGUGUUUUAAAAUGAUGUCCUGAAAUAAACAUUGAUCAUUUUAAUGCGUAGAGGCCAACUUUGUACACGCGCCGAUGCUAACUCAAUAUAAGUAGAGUCCUGUCCUGGCAGAUAGUUAAAAAUUUCCACAUACUGUUGUUUAAAUCUUGAAUUUAAUGACUAAAAGGUGUAAGUAUACGAAGUAAAAAGGCAAAGUGAGCAUUUCAUCCCAAUGUGGUGUGACAGCGCAACAUAAUGUCACGUCUCCGCGAAUGACUGUUUCGCUAUCAAUGUACGGAGACCAGUACAAUUACCAGCAGACCCUUGUCUGAGUGUCAGACGACGGGCUGAACGUUAUCAUGAGCGAGAACAGUGCCAAACGCUUUCUACUUGGCACUUUUAGUCUUUAUAAGAAAACGGUACACCUGGUUUAUGAUCUCUGCUGCUGGGACUCACACUGAUAGUCGCAUUAUGGCCUCAAAACACUGAGAAAGCCAAAAAUGGCGUACUGAAACAAAACAAAAGGAGUUGUACGUUCUGGUACGCCUAUUUAAAAAUAUCUGAGCCAUGAACAGGUAUUAUUAUUGUCAAACUCUGCAUGGUACAUUUGUUUGUUGUUGUUUUUUUUUUCCAAGGCUAAAAGACACAGUAAAACUAAAAAAAAUAAAUACCAGAGCUAUUGAGCACAGAAUUGGAAUUGGAAGUUACUGCAACGCCUGAAAGCAUCUCUGUCCAGGCUGCUCAGUACAAUAUGGCUGCUAAUAAAAGAACAGAAUGAAUGUACACUGGAAAGUGAACUUUUAACAUAAUUAUGGAACAAAUCGGUGAGUCAGCUUGGUUUCUUAUGCUAAUCUCUCAUUUGGACAGCCACAAUUACAAUAAAAGUGUAAAGAGAAGUUAAGACUGGAUACUAAAACUAAAAUCAAGUGACACUAAUUCUGUGAGGACACCUGAGAUCACAUCCAUCUUGCGCUUUGUGGUUGUUUUGUCGGUAUGUAAUCGAUAUUUAUUAAUGAAGUGUAUUGCUCACAUUGUACUGAGCAGCCAGACCCUUUUUAUUAGGUUCAAUUUACCUCCCUGUUGUUAUCACGCAUUUCCUCUCUGCCAUUACGCCAUCCUUUACGGAAAAAAAAUUCAAAGAAAAAGCAAAACACAUUUGUAGAGCUGUCUUUGACUAAGGAGUUUCUUAUAUAAUUUUUUUUUUUAAAGAGAGCUAAUAACGAUCCCGACAAAUAAACAGAUCUCAUUUGCAACUUCUUCCAUCUCAAAGAAACAGGUUAAAACACUCAUAUAAACAAAUGAGCACGGAAGGUGUGCAACAAUAGUACCUUUUAAUUUAUGACAACUUUUAUCUACGACUGGAAAUGUUGCGUAAGUGACACAGAAAGCAAGAUGAACAAAACCGCAACACAGUUGCUGAAACACACAUCAGAAACAUGCACGUAGAAUAGGAACAACAUGGCUUGAAAAACAACGAGCCAAAACUCUCACUUAGCAGCCUCAUUUCUUGCAUUUAAAAUUCACUGCGGGGAUACAAAAGGUUGCAUUUCACUUUCUGGAGUCAUUUUUUAACCUUUUCAAAAUACUUCCACACUUUGGAUGAUUUUUAGUAGCCAUUAUGAGCCAAUAGGUCUGCGCUCACUUCAGCUCCUCUGUGCCACUUGAAGCCACUUUCCCACUUUAUUCAUGCGUGGUAAGUAUGGGUCUUCUGUUAAACACACACGUCAUUUCCAAUUCUUUAUUAACACAAGUUAGGCUGUUUAUGAAUCAAAAUAGGCUAUUUAUAACACAAAGACAUUCUUUGGAAAAAUGUGUGCUCAUCAGCAUGUAGUCAGAACGGUACAAUCUUGAUCACAAGAUGGCAGGAUUGAUCAGAUUCCUCCGAAUUGAAUCAACUAGUCGACUAUUUUAAGACACCCCUACUUAUUUGUUGAAAUUUUUCCAGGAAAUUUUAGUUCUACUUGAAAUUUUGGCUUUUCCACUGCAUUAUAAUUAAAGAUACCAAAAAGUCACAAAAAUAAAUGCCAUUUAGUGUUGACAUGGCUUUGUCAACAUACAACAACUAAUGGACCCGAGAUUGACCCCUGAAGGACGCCAUAAUUGAAUGCGAAACAGAAGGCGUUGUACACUGAAUAUUUAAGUGGAAACCAAUGGUUGUAGUGAUACCUUUCUGUGUAUUUCUAAAAAGGAUGGCACAUUGAUCACGUGUGCAGUUGCAGUUUCUCAUCUGCUAUCAUCAGCAGGCAUCUUAUCAUAUCAGCAAGUUAUAUUAUAUCCGCAUGCGUUUAUCAACACCGUUCAGUCGCUUUUAAUGACUGUGGUUGUUACAUUUUGGCAGCAACAUUUCCAAUCAGCUGUAGAUAAAAGUUGUCAUGUAAUAAAAAAAAAGAUGACAAACCACCAUUCUGGAAGUCUUAUCAUUGCCAGGUGAUAAGUUUUUGUUGCAGAGUAAGAUUUGCUAUGAAAAAAAUAAAUCAUCCUGAAAAUAAGUGCUUCACCAGUGCAGUGAAUGCUGUCACUUUGAUCAUUAUAUAACUGACUCGACUGGUCAUCACGUGGUUAUCUGGUACACAGAUUUAUUUAACAAAUUCACCUCAUGUCACACAGUGUGCUCUCAGCACACGAUGAUGAAACGCCUGCAUACAGUUUGACCAGAAGGUCCUCAACAUGGACCCGUGUCCUUGUCCAGCCUUUGACUGUUCAAUGCGUGCGUCAUUCAGCUCAAUUUGGGAAAACACUCAAGAGAUUUAAGAGUUUUCUUUCAUGAUGAGUACGGGUGAUCAUGUGGACAUGAAUUUUUUAUUCUCCAAAGGAGUAUUAGGCCCGCAAUGACAAGACCAUAAAAUAGCAAAAUUACAAGCAAAAAGAUGACAGGUGAGAGAAUUUUGUGGAAAUAUUACAAGAAAAAAAAUGGUCUUGUUAAAAAAAAAAAAAGUUGUAUUUUACAGGAAUUGUGCUGAAAACUGUGCCAGAAUAAAUUCGUGAUCUUACAAUAAAAUGUUGCAUUGUUACGAUUAGGGGUCUCUUCACACGAGAUCUUGCGAGAUUAAAACUUGAUGAGAUUUCUCAUUUGGAGAAAAGCUGUAUCACGAGAACAGGGUAGCCCACGUAGAUGUCUUUGGCUCAGCACCAACUUUCAGGUACUAGCGAUCACUGGUUUUGUUUCGUAACACACCUCAUACAUAGAAGAGAUCCGUGUUGGCAAUGUAGCAACGCUGUCGCUAUAUUUAGCGAGUAGGGCUGCACAUGAGUGCUUCUUGCAUCAUGCAUUUAUUCGGCAAUUAAAUAAAUCCGCCAAGCAGACGAGGGGGAGUGAGCUCCAUCUCUGUAACGCCGUGCAAUGCACAUCUGAAAGCUGUAAAAAUCCCUCCACAAUGCAACCCAGCUCCUGACCAACAGAGCCAAGAGUUUGGACACAAUCCUCCGUUGGCUCGCUGCACCACCCCUUCCUGGCAAGACACGCAUGGGUGUGCAAAGUAUGGCGCAGGGGCCAUAUUCGGAGCGUGGCUCGUUACAGAAAUAAAAUAAACAAAAACAUAGCAAAAGAGGAAAAAUAGAGCAAAAAGGCAUAAUGUAGUUAGAAAAAGCUAGAAUGUUGAUACUAAUAAAAACACAAAGAUUUAUCUUUAAUUGUAUAUCUGUGUAUAAUGUAUGUACAUGUACGUGUUGUUUUUUGCAUAUAAUGUUUUUAAAAUUAUUAAAUAUCAAAGGACAGCUGGACAGCCCUCCCGUAAGUAGACAAAGACAAGUAGACAGUGAGUUGUAUUAUUAAUACUAUUAUUGUUUAUUCUUAUUAUUAUACAGUAUAUUAUCAUAACUGUGGUUUAUUUGGUCUCAAAAAGUGCUGACAAUAGCUUUGAGCGUCAAUUUGUGGGACAAUAAACAUUUCUAAGGGCACCUGCAUUGUUUUGUGACUCCGUUAAAUAAAAAAGUCUGUUUGUCCAGUCAUAUUUCUUCAUUGUGCUUUUCUUCAAAUUAAUGUUGAAGUCUCGUCUCGUUCUCGUGGACUCAAUCUCAAUCUCGUGCAUUGAGUAAAUUGGGUGUCUCGUGACACCCCUAGUUACGAUCAAAGUUGAAAUACCACAGGAAAGAAAGUUGAAAGAAUUAUUCCAACUUUAUUCUCCUAAUAAUACAAUAUUCUUCUUGAAAUUUUGUGACUUGAUUCUCCAGAUAUUUCAGCUUUAUUCAAGUCCUAAUUCUGCUCUGUAGCAUUUAAAGCUGACUGUUCCGUGUGGACUCUUGAAGAAGACGCUACUGUUUAUGACACUAUGCAAUUAUCAGUCAAAAUAAUAAUCCCUUAAUAGUUGUGGACAGGUGCCAGACAGACAGAUCUUAUCUUUCAUCUCCACAAUUAGUGCGUUUAUGUGACUGGCAAUUAAGUCUUAACAGACUAGUUCGCAUCCUGUGGUCAAUUGAAGCGCAUGAAGAACAUAUAAUACAUAAUGGUUGCAGGAUAGAGCCCUGUGGGACACCAUCAUGAAAUAUAACUGGACAAUAUUGUGUAUUGUUUUGAGCCCUCCCAUUCCCCUGCUGUCAAAUUCCAAGAAUAAUGCCCUGAGGGCAUUCACACAAUUAUGAAAAAAGGCAUACCGGUACGAUUACAAGAAUAAAGUUCUAUUGUUACAAAAAACAAGGCUCGACAAGUUGUGGAAAAUCUAAUAACCAGAUUCAACUAUGAAAAUCCUGACUAGCCCUACGAAAAUCCCACACAAACUUCAACACAUCAUACACUGUCGGACACAAUUAUGGAGACACCUUCUCACAAAGCGUCCAAACUGUGGACUGGUACUAUAUACAAUGGAACCCGCUACCACCGUGUUAUUAUUACAUACUGUACAUUGUCAACCGUUUUUGGCGGCAUAAAAUCUGAGACAGAAAAGCACGAAUUCUAUGAAAAAUCUCUCCGUUUACGUCAACGUGUGUCGUUGCAUUAACUUCCUCAUUAUCACUAAUCAGCGUGAAACAACAACAGCAGCUACUGACUAGUCCAAACCUUUUCCAGCGAUGGCCACAUAGUGAAAAAUGAAUGGAUAAAAAGGCCACUUUGAUAUUUUGUAAAGAUAUGCUAAGAAGUUGUAUAUAUUUCAAGAAAAAAACUGCUUUGUGAUAUGGUUGAAGAAGCCUAUUAAUAGUAUCAGCGUCGCUCUUUGCUCUUUUUUCCAUUUUUGGUGUUGUUGUUUUUUUUAAUUUUCCAAAUGUUUCAACUGUCUUCUUAAAUUAUCUUAGUACCUUUUCUUUUUGGAAUAUUAGGACUUUAUUCCUAAAAUAUUACCCUCCGCAUUUUCCAAAAAUGACAACUUUAUUACGUUUUGUUUGCUUGUCAUCACAUUAUGACUUUUAAAAUACAAUU